UCAUCGCUUCGCGUCCCUUUUCAUUUACGUUUCCGCCCAGAGCUCCCCUAAAAUUUCCCUCCCAAUUGCCGCUUGGUGGAGAAAUCAGAAAUGGCGGAAAGUCAAGGAAGCAGCGAGAAAAUGACAGCUAAACACAAGAAGAGAGACCCGAACCUACUCGCCUUCACCGGUGCUGCUGCUCUUCUCGCUCUCACUGCUGGCUUUGCUAUCUCCGCCUUCAAUUCUCACCGCAAAAAGUCAAAAAAGAAAGAUCUUCCGGGGUCUACUGUUCGUCUCAAUCUAUUGGCGUCUGAGAUUCUGAAAUUAGCUGACCGAAUCAUUGCUAAGUCGAAAAAGGUUUAUGAUACAGUUGCUUCUAUUCCCCUUGACAAGGUCACUUAUGCAAAUGUUAUUGCUCCCCUAACAGAUUUGGAGGCACAACAAUUUCCACUGAUUCAAUCUUGCGUGUUUCCAAAGUUAGUAUCCACUUUGGAAGAUGUGAGGAAAGCAAGUGCUGAAGCUGAGCGAAGAAUAGAUGCUCACAUUUCCACAUGCAGUAAACGUGAAGAUUUAUAUCGGGUUGUGAAAGCUUUGUCUGUGAAAGGGGAAUGGAUGAAUCCUGAAGCAAAACACUAUGUUAAGUGCCUGGUUACAGACUUUGAGCGGAAUGGUCUGAACCUUACUGUUACCAAAAGAGAGGAAGCUCAGCGUUUGAGAGCUCAAAUUGAUGAACUAAGCUUGCGUUAUGUCAGAAAUUUGAAUGAUGAUAGCUCUUAUCUUCUUUUCAGUGAGGCAGAGCUGGUUGGAUUACCACCAGAGUACCUGAAGAGCUUGGACAAGGCUGAAAAUGGUAAAUAUAAGGUCACGAUGAAGAGUCAUCAUGUUGUGGUACUGUUGGAGCUUUGCAAGAUAGGAAUGACACGGAGGAUUGUUGCCACAGCAUAUGGGAAGAGGUGUGGAGAAGUCAAUCUUUCUGUCUUAGAACAUUUGGUUGAACUACGCCACAAAUAUGCUCGGUUAUUUGGCUAUUCAAACUAUGCAGAUUAUGCUGUUGAUCUUAGAAUGGCAAAGACAUCCUCAAAGGUAUUUGAAUUCUUAGAGGAUAUCUCUGCCAAUUUAACUGACCUGGCGACUAGGGAACUCAUUGUGUUGAAAGAUUUAAAGAAGAAAGAGGAAGGAGAACUUCCAUUUGGAAUUGAGGAUCUAUUAUACUAUGUGAAGAGGGUUGAAGAAAAGCAGUUUGAUCUGGACUUUGUUGCUCUUAGGCAAUUCUUCCCUGUUGAUUUGGUUUUAUCUGGGAUCUUCAAAAUAUUGCAAGACCUUUUCGGGUUAAGAUUUCAGGAAAUUGCAGAUGCGGAGGUUUGGCACGGUGAUGUCAGUGUCUUUUCAGUGUUCGACUUAAGUUCUAAUGAACUCUUGGGUUUUUUCUACCUUGAUUUAUACAAAAGGGACGGAAAAUAUGGUCACACUUGUGUUGUGGCUCUUCAAAAUGGUGCAUUAUCAUGUAAUGGGGCACGGCAGAUUCCAGUGGCAUUGCUUAUAUCUCAAUUGCAAAAUGGUGUUGGUGGUCACCCUUGUUUAUUGAGAUUCUCUGAAGUGGUUAGCCUUUUCCAUGAGUUUGGCCAUGUGGUUCAACACAUUUGCAAUCGUGCAUCGUUUGCUAGAUUCUCUGGAUUGCGUGUUGAUCCUGACUUAGUGGAGAUCCCUUCUUUGAUGCUAGAAAACUGGUGUUAUGAGAGCUUCUCUUUGAAGUUGAUAUCUGGUUUCCAUCAGGACAUUACAAAACCCAUCAAGGAUGAAAUAUGCAGAUCACUCAAAAGAUGGAAAUAUUUCUUUUCUGCACUUAAAUUGAAGCAGGAAAUUCUUUAUUGUCUUUUUGAUCAAAUUAUACAUUCUGCCGACAAUGUUGAUAUUGUUGAGUUGUUCAAGCAUCUUCAUCCAAAGGUCAUGCUAGGUCUGCCAAUGUUAGAUGGGGCCAAUCCAGCUUCAUGUUUCCCGCGUAGUGCUAUUGGUUAUGAAGCUGCUUGUUACAGUCGUAUUUGGAGUGAGGUCUUUGCAGCCGACAUCUUUACUUCAAAAUUUCGUGAUGAUCUUUUGAACCACAAUGUUGGCAUGCAAUUUAGGGACAAGGUACUGGCCCCAGGAGGAGCAAAGGAACCCAUUGAAAUUCUAUCAGAUUUUCUCGGAAGAGAACCAACCAUACAGGCUUUUGUUGAUAGCAGGGCUGAAUAUGGUUUAUGAUUCAAAUUUUGAAUGAAAAUUGGGGCGAGGUUUGAGAUCAAAAUUAUCUGGUGGCAUCUCUAUUUCUCAGUUCCGUGCAGAAGUAAUCUAUGCUUUAUUUAUUUAUUUGUGGUUUUUCUACAUUUUGUCCUUGUUUGUAUAUAAGAUUUUGAAAGCUGCUACAGUGAAUUGUUUAAUGAUUGAUAUGGACGGCAAAGAUUGUACAGUCUUGACUGCUGAAAGCACGGUUCAUAUUCAAUGACUUGGUAAGCAGAGGCUGCUGGCUUGCUUUGCUUGA